AUGCCUCCAGGCUCAAAGAACGCUUACAGAGGAAGAAUUCGAAGCCGGGCAAGUUCAUAUUGCGAUGGAAGCCGCGUCUUUGUCAUUACUGAUGAACCAUACAUGGAGCAAGCCAUCAGGAGGGGUGACCAUGUGUUUUUGAGGGUCACGCCUACUACUGGUAUUGGGAGGUCCAUUAAAGCGAGAAAGUUAUCUCCUAGAUUUCUUGGACCCUUUGAAAUUCUGGAGAGAAUUGGAGAAGUAGCCUAUCGAGUUGCUUUGCCACCGCACCUGUCCAACGUACAUGAUGUGUUCCAUGUGUCCCAACUAAAGAAGUACCACCCUGAUCCGUCUCACAUCUUAGAGCCUGAGGAGGUGGAGCUGGAUGACAAUCUAACUUACCAGGCUGAACCGGAAAGGAUCCUUGAUGUGAAGGACAAGCAGUUGAAGAAUAAGACCAUUCGAUUGGUGAAAGUCUUCUGGAAGGGCAUGAGUCCUGGUGAUGCCACCUGGGAGACAGAGGAAAGGAUGCGACGUGAUUACCCUCGUUUGUCUUCUUAG